AUGUGUGUUUGGCGUGAUCCAACUUAUAAGACAUUAUUCAAAAAACUCUAUGUCCUCAUAGCUUCUUGGAUGCUUGGGACUCAAUUACGCUUUGCACAUGGGUUCUUUGGAGUAGUGGUGAUUCAAGAUGGGGAAACUUCUGAUUCUUCUAAGAAUCCUAAUGAGAAUAAAACUGUGUCUUUUGCUGAUUUGGUUAAGGGUAAAAAACCCUAUUUGCUAAACGAUUCUGAUUUACUAUCUCUACCUGAUGCGUCUUUGUAUGAAAAGGAACUAGCCUUGGAUUUACCUUUAAAACUUACACAAGAAAGGCGUGAGAUUUUUCAAUUUAGUCUUAUUCGGAGACUGAAUUUUAAAGGGUUAAAACUUAAUGAAGUUCAGAAAGUUUUAGAAGAGCAAUGGAAACUUAGUGAUAGGAGGAGUAAUUUGGUACCAAUGACAAAGUUUUUCUUCAUCAUCAAGCUAACUAUAGCUGAAGACAAAAAACAUGUUUGGCAUGGUGAUACGUGGGUAGUACAGGAUCAACAGCUUAGGGUUUUCAAUUUUUACCCUAACUUUGAUCCGGAGAGACAAAAUACUUCUUGUGAUACUGUUUGGGUAAGCUUCCCUUGCUUAUACAUUGAAUUAUGGACGAAAAGAAUUCUGUUAUCCAUUGCUAAAAUUCUUGGUAGGCCGAUUGCUAUUGAGAAGAAAACUUUGGAUCAUGAUGUUGGGAACUAUGCUGCUGUGCUUAUUGAUAUUGAUUUUGCUAAACCGAUUCCUAAAAGAAUUCGUUUGAAAGCUAAGGGCAAUGAGUUUUGGCAAUAUGUAGAAGUUUAG